AUGUACAAACAUUUAGCUACACGAGUUGCGGAACGUAUAUCUCCACAUGGUGUUCUCUUUAUACCGAAGCAAAUAAUCGUGCAGCGGUCAAUGCGUUUGUGUUCUUUUUGCAACUUUCACCACGGAAAGAUGUCGAAAUGUACGUUUGUACGAUUUAAUUUACAAUGAGGACGCAUUUUUUUUUUAGAAUUUCUGUCACUUAACCUAUUAGCUGCGGCAAGAAUGACGAGUACACUCGUCACGGAGAAGUGGCAGUGUUUUUAUAUUACGACAAGUAUACUCGUCGUCUCUUUAUUUUUGCGAUGCAGCUUAAGUAUACACUUUUAAAACAGGGCAAUACUAACAAUAAAUAACUAACAGGUUAAAGCCUUGUAUUACUUAUCACAUUAUCGCAUCAAGUCAACGUGACAAUGUGUAAAAUUUACUAAAUACUAAAAUAUUUAUAAGCUUGUAAAUAUUUUGUUUAUAAGUAUUUAUGAGUUAUAACACUAAAAUAUUUAAAGGAGAAUUCAAACGGUAUAUAAUGUUUUCUCUUUUGUAUAAUAUUUAUAUUAAAUAAACAAGUACACGUGAAAGCUUGCAGCUUCUCCCAUGUAAUUAUUUCUGCGGUGAUUAUUUUGUAAUAUUUUUGUUUUUAUCUGGCCAAGAUCAGAUUUAACAGUAUAGUUAACAGAUUUUAUUAUUAUUAUUGUCAUUGUUAUGUUGUUUCAUGCGAAAACUAAUUUUUUUUUUCUAAAACUCAGUGGUUCGAACAGAAAAGAAAAUUUUGAUAAUAUUCCAGAAAUCAUUCUUUUGAAAUAAGCUGUUUUGUGUGCACUGUUUUGCGAUAUUGUGAAGUAUGAUUUGUAAGAAGGUUUUCAACGUAAUAUCAAAAAGUAUUUGUGAUUUUUGUUUCAUAAUGAGGGUACACAGAAAAAGUUCAUACUAUUUAUUUACAUGAAAUAAAAAAUGUAAGAUUUAAUCCCUGACAGUGCAAGACGAUAUAAGCAAAGUGAAAAUCAUAUUGACAAGUAAUUCCAAAAGUUAACUUCAAUUCGAUUAUUUAUAUUCCUUGAUGCAAGAAUAUUGAUUUUGCUUUUUAUAUUAAUUCAAUUUUUUAUAUUCUUCCUUUAUUAUUGAAUUAUUUGUUUUAAUUAAUAGUAUAGGAUUAUAUACUAAAGAAAUACGUGCAAAUAAGAAUUACAUAUAUACAUAAUGUUCUAGGAUUUAAUAGUCAAACUUUAAUAUAUUCUGUGGAUAAGAAUAAGCAAAAAUUAUUAUAUAAACAUAAAGUUUUUGUAAGAUUAUAUUAAAAAUACAAAAUUUAUUUGAAUUUAAUGAAUAUUUGACAUAGUAUUCUAUAUUUGCUUCUAAACACCAUUUAAUAUUUACUGAACAUAUUUAAUUAUCAUAAAAUAUAAAAUAUCAAUUUAAUAUUUUACAUUUAUGUAUAGGUACCUUUCAAUUGUUUUUGUUAAUAUAUUUUAUGAAUAUAAUUCAUUCUAUUUGUAGCUAUAAAACAUCAUCAGCUUCGUACUUAUAAUACAACAGUAAAUAUAUUAGAUCAUUUACCAAUAAAGAAAAAAGUCAAGCGAAAAACAAAAAAAUAUGCCGAAUUGUUAGCAGUAACAAAUAAUGCAGCAAGUAAUAAGAGGACUGAAGUUCAAAAAUUAACAGCAUCUGAUCUUUCUACAUUUGUUGAUGAUUCUGACAUUUCCGCAAACAAACUAUGUGACAAUAAAAAUUGUACUCUUGAGCAACAAUUGAAUUCAAAUUAUAUAAAUGAGAACUAUUAUAAUUUUUGUGAUACUGAAAUUUAUUUAAAUACUGUAAGUUGCCCUAAUUUAUUUCUUAUUGAUUCAAAUUAUUUUUAGCUAUUUAAAAAUUUAAAGCUAUAAAAAUUUAAAGCUAAAAAUUUAAAAAUAUAUAGAAAUUUGAAUAUUGAUAAAAAUAAAUUGAAUUGAUUUGACAAAAUAAUUUGUUUCGGUAAGUCGAAUAUAUUAAUUUAGUUUAAUAAUAAAUUUUGUUGUAAAAAGUGAGUAUUUAAAAGAUUCUUAUUAUUUAAAUAUUAUAAUGUAACAAGAUUAUACAUUUCUUAUUUUAUAAUUCAUUAACAGGAAAAAAAUGUAAAUAUAGUUAAUGAAAAAGAAAUGAAAGAUUGCGAAAAAUUUCAUAACAAAAGAGAAGACUUUAAUAACUUGAAUAUUGACAAUGAAAUUAAAAAUAAUAUUCUACAAAGAAAUCCUUCGCUUUAUAUUGCUGA